GCCAAAGGUGCGGCGACAUAUAUAGAUUUCCGUCGUAGCCGCUUGCUCGGCGAAAAACAAAAGGGCUAUUUGGCUUUUAUUUUAGUCCCGAGCUCUUUUCUCCCGGACACCUCGCGUUGCCGGAGAAACAAACGGCCUUGCCCUUGAUGAAAGACAUUUUUCUUGGCGAACGUUCAAGGGGCGGGUCGGGUUGCCGAUGGGAUCGGGCGCGGUCGGCCCGGCUCGCGUGGGCGUUGCGCAGGACUUCACACCGAGGAUCUAAUCGCGCCCACAGCAUCAAAGUCUUUCGAGUACCUUGCGAAUCGCUCGGCUUUUUUUGUCGUAACGUCAAACCCUCGACGCACAUCGCCGUCUAGCAGACGACACCCGCCGCAUUCUGGCGUAGCAGACGACGCGCUCACGCACGCAUCCCGUCGGGCAACUGUCGCCCCCGCUCCGUCCGUUCCUCCCCGUGCGCCGCCGCUUCCCGUCGGAGGGGCCGGGAAAAAAAAAGAUAUAGGUCGAUAAUCGCCUUUGAUUUCGGCCCUGCCCGGCUUGAUCCGCCGAGUUCUCGCACCAUGACCGCACCAUGCGCUACGUGAGUCCGGUAUUCCUUUGUCUCGCCGCCGCAGCAGCUUUCAAAAUCCGCGCUGCCGUUGCCUCGCGCAGCGGCGGUGACGGAAUCGCGGAUUACGAGAGUUCCUACCAGUCGGCCGUAGAGUCCUACCUGAGCGCGCAGUGGACGCAAUGCGUCGCGAGGCUGAAAGACGCUCUCGCGGCGUACGAAAGGCACGUCGGCGUCGUGGUGGCCUGUCGGACAAAGUGCCGCGCAGAGAAAGCCGCGGAUUGCCGCUCGACAGGGACCGAGGGCGCGACGUUGAACUCCUUCUACGUAGCGAAGGCGGCCGAAGCCCGCUGCCUACGGAAUUGCACAGGUGUUUGGCACGGAGUGUCGGUCUCGGACGCGACACGCCGGGAUUUCAGGGAUCGGAUGCCGUACUACUACCUUCAGCGGUGCCACUUCGAGCUCGGUGAUACAAAAGAGGCCGCAUCCGCUGCCUACACUUUCUUGGAACACAAUCCAGGUCACAGCCUCGUAAGCUUCCACCUAAGCCAUUAUCUGGAAUUGUCUGGCCUUAGCAAAAGGGAUCUCGUCCCUCUUGAAGUCAAGGAGUACCAGAAUCUCUUUCGCAGUGCUACGAAAUUGUACACGGAGAAGAAAUAUGAGGAGUCCUGUGCCGUUAUGGAGGAAACAAUCUCGAGCUAUCUCAAAGCCGAAGAAGAAUGCCGCACCCUCUGCGAUGACUUUCUGCCAACCGCGUUUGCCACAAGAGAGUUCUCUGAAGUUGCUGCAGGUCACCACUUGGCAUCACUGAAGUGCAAAGAACAAUGCCCCGGUCAGCUUUCAUAUUUGAAUGAACAACAUCGACCAAACUUCUUUGCCGGCCUCUACCACUACCUUCAGUACUCCUACUAUCAGUUGGGCGAGUUACAGAAAGCCUGUGAGGCGACACAGUCUUACCUGCGACUCGUGCCAGACGACGCUGACAUGUGGUACAACCAGGCCUACUACGCCCACCUACCGAGUACGCAAGACUCCUGGUUCAAGACGAGGCAGGAGGUCGAGGAGUAUGUCACGCGUCGGGUGAAAGAGCAAGACACUAUAAAAGUCAUACAACAGCAGCUCGACACGGUGGUGGCAGCCCCUGAAGUAAGAGAAAUUCACUCAAAAGAUGCAUCCUUCAGCACAAGCAGUAUCAGAGUCGUUGAAGACGAGAGAGCUCUCAACGGAACUCGUGUUGUGGCUGAAGGAUUCUUGACCGGGGACGAAUGUUCGGCCUUGCUCUCACUAGCUGACAUUGCUGCUCUUACUGGAGAUGGCUACGAUGGUAAACAGUCUCCUCAUAGCAAAUUUGAGACAUUUGAAGGGAUCACUGCUGGCAGGAUUGCACUUCUCACGAGAAGUGGCACCGUGGACAAGCAGCUGGCUGAACUUUUCCUGGGAGCCAGUGAGCGCGUGCGGAGCUACAUUGAGUCUUACUUCAACCUGGAUUCACAUCUGUACUUUUCAUACACCCACCUUGUCUGCAGAACAGCUAUGACUGGUGCUUCCAGGAGACCCGAAAGUGAUAUGAGCCACUCGAUUCAUGCGGACAACUGCAUCCUCCAGGAAAGUGGGAAGUGCAUUAAACAGCUGCCAGCGUACAUCUGGAGAGACUUCAGCUCGGUCUUGUACCUGAAUGAUGACUUUGUGGGAGGGGAGUUUGUGUUUGCCAGCCAAAAAACCAGCAUAGAGGCCUCUGUGAAACCAAAGUGUGGCCGGGCCGUGGCCUUUUCAGCGGGUGCGGAGAAUCUUCACGGCGUGCUUCCGGUGGAAGAUGGGCGGCGUUGCGCGCUUGCCACGUGGUACACCUUCGACCCCAAGUACCGCGAAAGGGAGAGAGAGUUUGCGUACAACAUCAUCAGCCAACGCCGCUCGUCAGGGCGCCGUGAGAUGCCAAAGCUGUCGAGAGAGGAGGGGGCGCGUCCAAUGUUAGCUCCGCCACCUGGCCGUUCUGUCCAAGACACUGUGUUGCAGAACCGUGGUAUUAAGAACCAUCAUAUGGAUGAACUAUGAUGUAAAAUUCGGCAGAAUCUUGCUAAUUUGCUUGAAGAUGCAUUAUAGACUGAAAGGAGGCACUUACGUGGGCUGCAGUUGACAUCCCGAAGUGCAGGCUAAAUGUUUAAUGUGACUUGCCUGCUUAUGCAAUAAGGACAGCCCUUUCAUGCGAGCUCUAAAGCACUUCUCGAUGUACUAUGCACGUUGCAUGUACAAUCGAACCUCAAUAUAAUAUUCAGGGUGGAGCUUUAUUCAUUAUGGUUGACAUUGGUUACUAACGAAUCAACAAAAAUUGACGCCAACAAGUCUGGAUUUCAAUUCGUGCAACAGGAUUGCACAAACCAAGCACAGUCUAGCCAAGCUCCUGCCUGAUGAGGGCUCUGUGUGUUUUUCAUCAAUAGUGCCAGUUAUCAAAGCAUGUAAAUUUUGUGUAUAAAGACCUAAUAUGGUCAGAAGCGUACUUACAGCAA